AUGUAUCCUCAGAGGCCAGGAAUUCGAGGAGUAACCCCGGGUGUGCCGGGAGGGUUCCCUGGCGCUCGUGGCCUUGCUGGCCCUGGUGGCCCUGGCGGUCCUACUGGUCCUGUGCCUGGUGGACCACGGCCCAAUUUUGGGCACCCAGGCUUUGAGCAGGUGCCUCCCAGACCAAGUGGCCCUGGUGGACCUGGUGGACCUGGUGGUUUUUAUCCACAUGGAAUUCCCGGACACAUGGCACCUAUGCCAGUUGCAGGUUCCCAGGGAUUUGGGCCGAUGUCCGGUCUGACCCCACAAGGACCACGCAGCCCUGCCCCAGUUCCAGUUGGGCCACGAGGAGUUCCAUCACAUUGGGGGUUUGGAACGCCAAGUGGGAAAGAUCCUUUACUUUCCCAGCCACCAGAGCAGCAAACUGAAAGACCUGAAACAGCACCAACAAAUGAUGAUGUUGACAUUGACGAGGACGAUGCGGACAGCCAUCAUGAUCACCAUGAGCUAUGGAUGGUGAAGGCAAUUGAGGCAAAUCCUUGGAGAUUGUUAUUUGGCGGUUUUGGCUGUUUGCUGAGUUGUUUCCUUCUGAUUGCAAUCCUGCUCUUGAUGGACGUGCGGAUUUUGGAUCCCCGUCCGAACGACAUCGUUCCUGUAAUUCUUCGGGAACAUAUUGCCAAGAAGAGGCAAGAUGCUGGACGAAGCAUAAAGGAGGUGGCACUAGCAUGUCCUGGUUGUGAACAUCUUGAAGAGCGUUCUGAGCGAAUGUUCUACUUGCACAUCAUUUAUGAAGUGGAACGUGAAAGUGGAACCUUGUGGGAGACCGACAUCUUGCGAAGAAUUCACGACAUCGAGAGAAAAAUCUUUGAAGCCAGGGGGCUUGGCCCUGAUGGCAAGGAGUGGGCGUUUACGGACAUGUGCUUGCUCGUCAAACCAGAUGAGCAGCUCAAGAUUCUGGGAAGAGCAUUUUCGGACGAGCCUCGCUGUGCCUUUGCAUUGAGCCCACUUCUUUUCCUUGCGGAUACGAUGCUACCUCUAGCAGACCCACCGCCUUUCAAGAUGCAAAGUACUGUGAGGAAAGGCUAUGUUUGGAUCAAUGAGACGCACCACGCUUGGACAGAUGCAGUGUCUCGAUGUGCCGUGCCGCCCGAAGAUGCGCAGAAGGAGAGCCUCAGCAGUGUCAGUGGAUCGUGGUUGAUGAAGAGAGCCAUUUCGUACUACGACAAGAACAAACUCGGUCUGGAUCCGAAGGAAUCAAUCGUAGAGAGCUGGUGUGCUUCUUCACCCACUUCGCUUCCCCAGGGAAUAUCCAAUUGUGGAUGCUUGGCUCUUGUCUACAACGACGUGCAGUUGUCUCUGAAUUGGGACAUCAGUCUAAAGCAGAUGUGGGACUUUGAGUAUGGCUUUAAGAAGCUCUUGAGACCCGAGGCGGAUGCUUUUGUGAAGAAGGUCAUUGAAUACUGGGCCAGCUAUGACGAUGAUUCAGUGGAAUUAUGCCGGAGAGGAUCAGAAAGCUGCCCCUGGAAAAAUGUGGGCAAACCAAAUCCAAAGCCUUGGAGCAACAAGGCCUGCAACGAUGGACAAGUGAGAAGAAGAAGUAUUCUUUCUACUCAAGAAUGUGGUGACCUUACAGGUGACUAUGCCGCCCAUGCAUUCUAUGCACGACGACGAGCAAUUGACCGCGUGGUUCCGCAUCCUUUUGUUUUGGCAGUUCCUCUCCCAUUUUACACAACGAUUAGCGCCGACCAGACUGCAGAGCAGAAAUGUGUGCCAAGUCUCAUCAAUAGAAGACGAUCUUGGGGCUCCUGUUCCUGUCGCCGCCGGAGCGGAGCACAGAACUUGCCUGCGAAGGGCUGGUCGUGCAACGGCAAGAGGAUUGAGUUCACGGGAGAAAAUCUUGGGAAUGAACAAUUAUUUCUGUUUCCGAUUCGAUUCCCGAAUCUUUUCUCAGUGGUUGGUGACGAUGCAGCUGGCGCGUGCGAAGUGCAAGAGAACGGGAUCUGUGUCAAGCGCAACCUCCAGGUCAAAUCAAUGCACUCGCUGUUCUUCUUUGGCUUCCCGCUGACGAAUGUAAACCCUGCAUGGACGGGCCUCACUGCUGACAAAGGGCGCAAUGAGGCUUCGGACUACAUCAUGGAGUGGAUUUUUAACACGUACAACGACUUGUUGGUGAAUGAGGACCAAAAUGCCAAAGGAAUUUUGCCCACGGGGGUGCCCUUAGUUGUGGAAUCCGAUGACUCGGUGACCGUGCCAUCAAGGCUCUACACCCUUGUCUUCCAGCAAAGAUAUAUGGGCUUGCUUCACUUGAACGGUCUGUUCAUUAUCCUUGGUGUGGGUGUCGACGAUGCAUUCGUCAUUAUGGAUGCGUAUGGCCAGGAAAAAGCCGAAGCUGAAGCGGAAAAACGCCGCACAAAUUUCAGUGCAAUUAUGUCUCCUGCAGCUCACCAUGCCUCCAAAGCCUGCUUAUGCACUUCAUUGACAACUUUUUUCGCCUUCUUCUCGAAUGCGACAUCAAAUUUCCCAUCAAUAAGAACAUUUGGAUUAUUUUGUGCUUGUUUGAUCAUCUCGAAUUUCCUGAUUGAUUUCAGUUUUUUUCUAACUAUUGUCUGCGCCAACGAGCGACUCAAGUCCAAACCCAUGGGAAGCGGGACAGGAGACCCAUCCAAAAAUUCUGAAGAGGCAGAGGCCCUUCGGCCCAUUGAUAAGUGGUUCCACGACACAUUCUUUGUAUUUGUCAAGUCCUUCAGACUGCCCCUGCUGGGAAUCUUCGCCUUCUUCGCAAUGCUCUGUAUGUAUACAGCUACAUUUGUCACACCAGAUCCCAAAAUGCCCCAGGUCUUCUCCUCGAAGGACAAUUAUGAGCGAUUCCUCCCGACGUUGGCAAAGCGAUAUGAGCAAAAAUUUAACCCUUUCAGACUUAAAGUUCGUGUCCACAUCGGCAUCAAUGCUACAGACCCUAUUGAUCGCGGGACUACUCCGGACUACAAUGACUGUUUCUUCAACUGUGCUGGACAAAAGCCCAACUAUGUGGACAUAUUUGCCUCAGCUGGCGGAAGCGGCAAGGACAAGAGCAAUCAGCAAAAAAGUAUCCAAAGAGUUAUCGCAACGUUCUGUGACUUUCUUGAAGAAGCUGCUGAACCAGAUGAGUCUGGCGAACGGGGUAAAGAAGAAGGCGACUUCUCACACUUGCGCAUGGCAUCUGAAGCAGAUUUGGGAGGCCAACCAUCCUUGAAAUGUGUCUUGCGUGAUUUCAAAGCAUGGACCGAGAAGAUGAAUGCUGCAAGCACCGCUACAAACAAGAAGGGUGGAAGAAAGGAGUAUCCUUCCGGAAAUUUCUGCUGCGAGAAAGACUCUGACUUUGUACAAUUUCUGGAGCAUCAGAAAUCUGAACGUUUGAACGAACCGGAAGAACACAUCUCGAGCGUUGAGCCGAGGAUGUAUCAAGCUGGAAGCCGCAACAUGGAGCACUUCCAGGACGAGGUUUUCUUCGAUCGAAUUGAUGGAGCACUGGUGCUUCGAGCAGUUGUGAUUGAGAUUGCGCUCAAAGCCACCUGGGAAAUUCCUUACGAAGAAGCUAAGCAUUACGAAACAGUUGUUCCAAUCUUGAGCUCAGUGUGCUUGCACAAGGUGACCCUUCGUGGGCCAUUUUGGCUCAAGUGGGUCACAAUUUUGUGCGGACCACAAGCGGGACAGCAUAUGGAACCCGUGGUCACUCUGGAGGAGGCGGGGGGAGAACUUUACGAGUUCCUCUUCCUCCUGGAGAGCGAGUACCUGCACGGUGGCAACACUUGGUUCAACGAGCACUUGCAUUCGUUGGACGUCGAAGGAGGAUUGCGCUGGCCUUUGGGAACUUGCGGCACUCCUCACUCCGCAACGGGCCAACUUCCAGACCCAACGCGGCAAGGAGCAAUGGAUUGGGCCGGAGUGGAAGGAGACCUGGCGACGAGGCUUCAAGAAGUGCUUGGAGGAGUACAACGUGUCAGGGAGGUGGCCUUGAUAACCAGGCCUGUCUGGGAUCGCGCAGUGGAGAACCUCCAGGUUCCCGAUGUAGUGGACCCUGCCGCUCCUGGACCACCCAACCUUCGAGCUCUUCUACCAGUCGAAAUAGCGAGGACGGAGUCAUUCAGAAGGGUCUGUUUGAUGCGGGUGGGUCGCCCGACUGACGAGCAGGGAGGAGGUGUGCCGUUGAGCAACAUUGCACCGGCCAUCCUUCCUUUCCCGGCUGCCGGUGGGCCCCAUGCUGGCAAUGCGGGUAACGCCCCACAAGCAGCCACUACCCGCAAGCUGAAACUCUCAGCCAUACUGGAUCCAACUCUGGACGCCGAGAUAGUUCCUCUACCUCCAGACGAAAUUGCUCGGAUGUACGAGGACUACCGGACGAAGUUCGGAGAUCACCCAGGGAGCGACUCAGAUCCCUCCUCGGAUCAACUCGCAGCCCUCAAACAGGUGCUGGCAUCGGGAGCGGUGCCGUUUGCUUGUUUUACAACCUGGGGCCCUCAUGGACAACGUUUACUCCGAAAACAAACGUUCACGGGCUACCAGCUCAAUGUGGCAAGCGGCGAAUGGUCGAAGAAGGAACAGCCGGGCCCUUCGUCCUUCCAUGCAUGGUACCGCUGCUGGCGGGUCUACAGGACGGCACUCCUCCUGUUGGACAGCUGCGACCCGGAGCGCCUGGACAGCUAUGCGGAGACGAUCAGGGGCUUCGUCACACAGUUCGGCGACGAGUGUUGGUUCCUGGUCGCAAGGGCAGACGCCCAGAUGAGGAGCGAACAGCUGGAGCGACUACGCAGGCAGCUUCGGACCAGUCCGGCACAUGGGUUCACAGAAGCGGCACCAUGGUCUGCGUGCUUUGCAGCUGCCUGCAAAGACCAUGAAUACUGGUCGAAGGAGCUCAGCACCCCUGCCACCCUCUUCUUAGCCAGGAACAAGAGGGAGCCAUUGCAGGUCAAGACUGAGGCCGAGGGCGACUCUCCGAAGAAGAGACCACGACAGGGAAGAGCACCGAGACGGGGCUACACAGGAGACGACAAAUCCGAAAAGGAUGCAGAGGGCAACUACAUCAGGAACUGCCGUGGGACCGACAUCUGCAAGAACUACAACUUGGGGCGAUGCGGAACCGCUGCGGCGCAAGGAAAGUGCAAGGCAAAGAGGGCACACCAGUGCUCGCGGUGCAUGGGGCCGCAUCAAGCCCUGUCUUGUCCUGGAAAGGGCAAGACAGCGUCAGCGGGAGCUCGAGAUGGGCAACCUUCCCGGAAGAGACCUAUCUCGCCAUCGAAGUCCCCUACAGAGGACCAAAGGGCGGACUUCAGACAGAAAUGGGGAAUACCCUCCAGGGAGCAUCAGGCCCUAACAAAGAAGGCCAGGACGGAGUCUCAGCCCGCGACACAAGAGCCUAAAGAUGCAGAAGGAGGCGCAACGUCAGCCCUGCAGACGGCUACAACACAGCCUCAAGGAGAACCCAAGCUGGCCAUGGAGACGGUGGACAAGGAAGACCUGGAAGAGGGCCUGGUGGUUGACAGACAACCCCCCAGGAGGUAUGGCUUUUGGAUUCAUGGAAAAGGGGAUCCCAGAGCAAAGCCAUGGGCACUCAUCCUCUUCUCAGGCAAAAGCCGUCGUGGGGAUCUGCAAAGGGCGCUCGCUCACAAAGGCUGGAGAGUGUGCGCCAUCGACACCGUGGCACCCAAGGCUACGAACCUGCUGUGCGAUGCGACGUGGGAUUCAAUACACACGGAUAUCGAGCACGGCAACUUUGAGGCAAUCUGGAUUGCUACACCCUGUGAAACCUUCUCACCUCUGAGAGAAAAGCGGCCGGGGCCCAGGGUCCUCCGCACUCUGGACCGCAUCCAGGGGUUGCCAAAGGACUCCCUAUCACAGGGUGAACAAAAGCAGCUGAAAGAAUCGAAUAUCCUUGUGGACAGAUCGGUAAGUGCAGCAACCUCCCAAACCAGGGCAAAGAAACCCUGGGGUCUGGAAAAUCCAGAUCAUGGCGAGGACAGGCCAAGCCUAUGGCAUAUGCCGCGCGUCAAGGCCCUCAUCGACGGUUGCUCGGACCUGGACAUCAAGUUCGACCAAUGCCGUUUGGGAUUGUCUACAACAAAACCUACGCGGCUGUUGCUGUACAAGACCGACCUCUCGCAGCUCCACAACUUGAGGUGCAACCACCCGAUCCAGACCUACCAGAGAGAAGACGGGUCCACAGGCAGGGGCCCACACAUACCCACGGUACAGCGAUGGGUGGUCAAUGAAAAGGGGGAGAAGGAGAGAGCUUCCAAAUCCCAGGGGCAGUAUACUCCAGAGUUCUCUGAAGCUAUCGCUGGUGCUUUCCACGCCUCUCAGGCAGGAGCCCAGCAAUUCUCCCUGAUGGACACGGCCCUGACCAUCAGGGAAGAGGAGAACAGGAGGGCCUUGGGUGGAAUGAGAAACCCCCACCUGUCGUGCAGAAGGUUACCAAAGACGUGGGACCAAGGUGAAGCCAUCAACAAGCUCCUCACGAAAGCCCAACGCUUGUGGACUCAGCUCAGGCACCCGGCAGAGGCCAUCCUACAGGGAAAGCAGGCCGAAGAGAUGCCGACGAUCAUCGUGGACAAGAUCAGGGAGACCAUAGUGAAGUCGCUGUGGAACUGCAAGCCGAGACCCCAGAGAACGGCCAGAGCCAGAACGCCAUUGAGGGCCGAGGUCAUUGCAGGAUGGGCCAACGACCCAGACUCCGGCAUCCUCGCGGACUGGCUGGACCACGGCGCCCCCAUGGGAUUUGCCGAAGAGGUUACCAGCACAGGAGUUUUCCCAACGGUCAGCAAGGACAUGGAAGAGGUCGAGGCAGAGCACAUACAGGCCAAGACACUUGAGGGAUGGGCCAACUACUCCUCAGCGUCAGAGGAAAACAAAGUCCUUCAAGAGCUCAUCCAGGACUACAAGAAGAAGGGCUUCUGUCAUACAGCGGCAUCCAUAGAGGAAGCCACACAGGAACUCCAGAGAAAGCCCGUCCUCAACAAGUUGGGAGUCCUGGUGAAGACCAAGAUCGAAAACGGAGUCGAGGUCAAGAAGGCAAGGAUCAUCUGGGACCUCAGACGAUCGGGAGCAAACAGCUGCUGCCGCCAAGGCGAAAGAGUUCUGCUACCCAGGCUCCUGGACCUGGCUGCCUCAGCCCUCGAGGGCUUCAGGAAAUCCAAAGACUGCUGGGUCGCGGUGAUCGACAUCAGGGACGCCUUCCUCAACAUACCGGUGGGAAAGGACAGAUUCGCGCUAGCAGCAGCCAAACCGAAGAGCGAGGUAAACGACCCCUUGGAGAUCGUCCUGUUCGACACGCUGGUGUUUGGGGCGGCAAGCUCUCCCACGGUCUGGGGUAGGUUCGCAGCAUGGUUGGGCCGAACACUGGCCGCAGUAGAGCGAAGGAUGAGGGUUCAGGUCUACGUCGACGACCCGGCCUUCGUUCUAAUCGGGAGCUUCGAGGAGGCGGUGGAACAACUGACCACGGCACUGCUCUGGACUGCUAUCGCGGGCUUCCCGGUGAAACUGCAGAAAGCAAUCGGUGGAAAAGAAGUGCCCUGGAUAGGGGCAGUGCUUUCCCUGCGUACCGAGGAACAGUCAGUGGUGGUGACCAUUCCGGAGGAGAAGAUAGCCAAGCUCAAGGAGUCCACAGACAAGUUCCUACGACGGCCGGUGGCGGGAGCGAGAGAACUCAGAUCCUAUGCAGGGGCACUUUCGUUUGUGGCUGGACUGGUUCCCCACUUGCGACCUUUCCUAUCAUCCCUGUGGGCAGUUCUUCCCUCCUGUGGUGGUACGGCGAGUGACGGAGCCCGUGCCAAGGGUCGUUCCGGAAAGCUUGUACACACCAGGAGGAUAGAACCAGCCCUCAGGUGGAUAGGAGCCCUCCUGUCGGGGGAAGCGGCGCCGCUGAGAAGAGAGCUGAAAGCUCACUUCCCCGCGCUGAAUGUUACCAUCACAACCGACGCAUGCCCUUUUGGCAUGGGAGGCACGCUGAGGGUGGAGGGCGAGCUCAAAGAGAUCUUUUCCUCCGGUUUACCCCAGUUCGAGCUCCAGAAAUUCGAAGCCAGAAAGGGGGACUCCAAACACACCACCCUCUGGGAGGCGUUAGCUUUGUUGAUAGCCUGCCGUCAAUGGCUGUCCAAGUUUGUAGGUGUAGCCAAAGUCCACGUCCGAAGUGACAGCCUUUCACUUCUUCAGACACUUUUGAAGGGGCGGGCAAAGUCAAAGGAUUUAGCCAUCAUCGCCCGGGAAUUCGCUUUGGACCUCGCCAAAGACCGCUACAGAAUACACUUGCUCACGCACAUACCGGGUGUGACGAACCUCGAGGCAGAUGCCUUGUCAAGGGAGCUCGCCCCGGUGGCGCUUGAGCUACCACGGUCUUUGCUGGGGGUCCCCAGGGCAUCGGUCAAACUCGGCUCAGCCAUGCCAGGCAAGAAGCGGUCCUGGCAAAAGAGCCAACAGGCCGAGCCAGCUGGCCAUGGCAAGCUCUUGCCACUUAGGGAAGGGUUCGCAAUUCCCAUUCGCGGGACUGGGAGUCCGAAGCUUCGGGAUGGCCCGGCUGGACUUUCCCAAGCUCGCGAGGGAGGCGGACCACGUCCCUAUGCGCGUGGUUCCUCGGCGGAGGCACUCGCCUACAUUGCCGAUCCAAGCCUUUGCAGCAGCACGCUGAAGAAAGACAUCAGCGCAGCCACCACGACUGGGCCAAACGAGUCCAGACGGCAGCUGUGGGCUGACCUGGCCACCAAAGCUGGCUACUCCGACCCUUUCCACCUUCGUCCUGAUAUGGUUUACGAAGUGAUGGGGGCGCUCAAACUGGCAGGUUUCAGGUCCGCACAGCUGUACCUAGAUACAGCCAAGGCACAGCACGUGUCACUGGGGUAUGCCUGGUCAGACCAGCUGCAGCAGUGCUACAGGGCUGCAGUCCGCAGCUGCCUUAGAAACAUAGGCAGCCCCAAGCAGGCCUCGCCGCUCCCGUUAGCAGAACUGGCGGCGCUGGGCGGCUCCGAAGCAGUGGUCAACGGGGGCCCUAUUUGGCCAGCAAGGGCAGCCCUCCUAGCCAGCUGGUGGCUCCUGAGGGAAAUAGAAGCAUCUCAUGCAGUGCGAGAGCACGUGGAGGUCGACGAAGGCAACCGCAGGAUUUCAUGGAGAUUGCCCUCUUCCAAAACAGAUUGGAAAGCCCUGGGAGCAACACGCUGCCACUCAUGCUCGUGCGAAUUCGCGCCUCCGGUGCAGUGUCCUUACCAUUGUAUGGUGGCACACCUCGAGGCCGUCGGGCAGCGGCCAGGGGCCCCCAUUUUCCCGUCAGCAGACGGGAGCCCCGCAUCCAAAGUUGGUUGGGCCGACACCUUCCAGUGGUUGGGCGCAGCUCUUGGGCUACCAAUCACCCACGCCAACGGCGCCAGGUGCUUCACCGGGCACACCGCCAGGGCUACAGGGGCAGUUCACCUGGCAGCCAGCCAAGUGGAAAUGUGGCGCAUCCAGCUCUUUGGAAGAUGGGGCUCUCAAGUGUUCCUCCAGUAUGUCAAGGAAGCACCACUCAAACAGCUUGACAAAUUGGCGCUGGAGACGUCGGUACACAUAUCCAUCGAUGCGGCCAAGUCGAGACUGGAAGACCUUUUGCGCCGCGCACAGCAUGGCCUAUCCACAGCAGUGGCAUGCCCGUCACAGCUCAUGAUACGAGACUGCGAGGCAGCAGUCACCCAUGAAGAGCCACCCAAACCAUCGGAUCAGCUCAUCAUGAAUCGCAACGGGGGCAAACUACAUCGGGCGCUCGUCUUCGACAGCGACAUGCACCCUCGCGAAUGGCGCACAAGGUGCGCGUGGCAUUUUGGAGGCCCCCACACGUUGUUCGAGGCCAUUCAAAAGGAGCCCGACGAUGGCAUCAAGCUGGACCAGAUUUGGGAGAGGCACCGCACCUUUUGUCAGAUCUCAUUCAGCAUUUUGUUUGAUUUCCUCGCGGAAUUGAUGGGCUGCUCCAGGUUUGUGGGGGACUUUGCAGCCCGAGAGAAUCUGCCGGACCUGCCAGAUGCGAUGUUUGCCACAGAUAUGUUCGCUUUUCAUUGGUUCUAUGUGCAAGAGGCAAUGAAUGCUGAGGUCUUUGACGGUAUCAAGUUGUCUCUGUUUCUAGCGUUUCUGGUACUGCUAUUCGCAACGGGCAAUAUCCUGCUUGCAGCAAUCUCGGUGUCAUGCAUUAUUGCUAUCGUCUCUUCCGUGCUGGCUUUUGCCGUGUGCAUGGGCUGGAAGACCAGCGUAAGUGAAGCUGUCAUCUAUGUCAUGGUCAUAGGUCUAUCUGUCGACUAUGUCAUUCAUUUAGGCGAUGCCUAUUUGGAGCGCCCUGAUGAAAAGCGAGAAGAUCGAGUGCAGUUCAUGGUUACAAAAAUGGGCGUCUCCGUGAUCUCUGGAGCCAUUUCAUCAGCUGGUGCAGCACUAUUCAUGAUGUUUUGCAGGAGCCUGUUCCUGGUGAAAUUUGGGAUGGUGAUUUGCUAUGUGAUCAGCGUCUCUGUGGUUACAUCUCUUGUGUUUUUCUCUGCCAUGCUCCUGGUGGUUGGACCAAGCGGAGAGACUGGUAGUCUUACAGCUUGCUGGAGAAACAUACGCAGACGUCUUCCUUGUUUCAAGCAACGAGCGGAGCAAGAGGAGCAAGUCAGUGAGCCGCAGAAACCUGUGCAACCACGACUUUAUUCGUCGGUGGUGAGGUACAGGAAGAGCCUCGCUCGAGCCAGUAUGGCCCACUUAGACGCCAGAGCCCUUGCGCUUCAACUCGGACAUGAAGUUCAGCCGACAGAAAUUGAAUUGUCACGUCUUGGUCAGGAAGACGAACCGUCGCCAAAUCCACCAGACCUGCCAGAUGAAAAAGGAGAGAAGAAGGUUGAGAUAGAGUCUAUGAAAGAGACAGGACGCGCAGACUCGGCUGAGCAGGCAGUGCCGGUGCAGCCUCAAGAAGCUGGAGAAGGGCAGCCUGAAAGUGACACUGAGAUCGUUGACUUGAGAGACAUGCGUUAG